AUUACUGUCAUUGUGUGAGUGUCAUCGAGAUUUUUUUUAUAAAGAGAAAGAAACUUUUGAGCUCCCUUUUUCUGUGUUUUAUUCCCUGUAAAAAAAAAUCCAUAGAGUGCAAAAAUAACUAAUUAAAGACAUUUCAGUGUGGUAUCCUCGGAAGCCAAAGAUUUUUAAGCAUAAUGUCGCGAGGAUUCAACAAUAAUUAUGGGGCCACAAGUAGUACUCACGUACCCGAUGUGGUCUCAUUCAGCCCCACGGAAUUCAUAUCAUUGUGCGAGAAUGUGGCACACAACAUUGGGUCCGUCAAGUCCGGGUGGCAGGCACUCGAGAAGACCAUCAAGAUUAUUGGAACACAGAGAGACAAUCAACAGACACGGGAUAGAGUGCACCAAGUGCAAAUGUCAACAAAUCAAAAGGUCACAGCUACGAGUAAGGAUCUUCAGCGUCUUGCCGCCAUUGUGCGUGGUGGGGAUAAACAGCAGAAGCUGCAGGUGGAGAAGCUAACGUCGGACUUUAAGAUUGUCGUUGAGAAGUAUUCAAAUAGUCAGCAGCAGAUUGCGACAAAAAUGAAGGCUUCCCUCCUUAUGAAUGCCUCCCAAAUGGACGACCUGGAGGGUGGUGGCAGUGGUGGUGUGGAGGCGCAACAGCUUCUGCAGGCACAACGGACGCAACAGGCGCAGCUGCAGUUUGAGCAGGAGAUCCUCGUUGAGCGUGAGACGCGUGUGCGUGAAAUUGAAUCCGCUGUGUUGGAUGUGAAUCAAAUAAUGCGCGACCUCAAUGUUCUGGUGAGUCAGCAGGGUGAGGUGGUGGACACCAUUGAGGGGAGCAUUGAGAAUACGCGGGGGAAUGUGGAGGAGGGUACAAGUGAGCUAAUGAAGGCGGCUGAGAGUCAGGCAAAGUACCGCAAAAAGGUGCUCAUCCUCCUCAUAAUUGCUGUGAUAAUAGGCUUAAUUGUUACGGGAAUCAUUGUUGCACGGCUCAAGAGUUAAUUUUAUUUUUCUUUCCUCUUUUUUUAUAAUUACUCUUUUUUAAAAAAUAUAUAUAAUCGUUUUUUUUUGUAAUACAAUCGCUUCUUUAUUUUCCUUCAUUGUUCUCCAUGGUGAGAGUGUGCGAAAAGAGAUAAAAUACAAACAUAAAAGAAACAAAAAGAGAAAGAAAAUUCUUUACAUAAACACAAUUUUUCUAUAAAAUGAUAAGAAAAAAUAAAAUUCUUACAAAUAGCGAGGGAGCGAUGAGAAAACUUAAAAUAUUAUAAAAUAAUUUAUAUUUUUAUUUGCAAAAAAGAGAAGGAAAGAAAGUUGCAUUGUAUUUUUUGCGUUUUGUAACAAAAUCAUUUUCCUUUCUAUUGAAAACAAAUCAUAAAGAAAAAAGUUUUUUUUUUAGAAGAAAAAAAAAUGUUCAGAAAAAAAGAAAAAAUUCCAAAUGAGGAGAAACUCAUAAAAAUAAAAAAAAACAACAUUUAAUUAUGAUAAAAAAUGAUAAUAGGAAGGAUAAUGAAGUAUAAUAAUUAAUUAAAAAUGUAUUUACGAAUAUAUUUACUCACAAUUAAAAUAUUGAUAUAGCAAAA